AUGGCGGCUUUAGCAGAGCCAGCCUUUGUAUCAGCAAAUACAAAGAAAGAGGAGAAGAACAAGAAGAGAGAGGAGAAAUACAAAGAGCUUGAAGAGAAGAAAAAGAAGAACAAGGAGGAGGAAGAAAGGAAGAACAAGGAGCACCUCCGCAUGCUAGUGGAUUUACAUAGAAACAAAGAGCACAAUGUUAAGCAAGUUUCAAGAGUUCCUGCUACUCGUGUUCCUCCUGUUUCUUCAGCAACGUCUUAUAAAAAUCACCAUUCACAGCCCCAUGCCCCAAAUGCUGGUGUCAAGGCUAGUGUAACUCAUAUUCCUGCUGCAGCUUGGGCAAAGGCAGUGGCACCAAUUAGUGCAACUGAUGUCUCUAAAAGAUCUGAUAUCGAUGGCCAUUCGCAGUCCCAAGCCUCAAAAGCUCCUGUCAAAGCUGCUGAAACUCCUAAUCCUACUGGUUCAGUGAAGCCUAGUAGUAUUGCUAUCAGUCAACAACCAGCUGCUGUAACAUCUCUCUCCAGUAGUACUACUAGUACUGCUGGCUCCACAGAGACAGCCUUCUUUGUUGGACAAAUCCUGGUAAAGACACCAAUCAAUAAUCAACCAAACAAUGUUUCUUUGUUUGAGAUGAAGAAGGAGACUCAAGCCACUAUUGUGGAAACUCAGCAGACAGGUGCUGAUGAAGUGCAAGAAGGAAACAAGCAAGUAGAGGAGGGGGUUAAUGCGAUGACUUAUGCAAGUGCCUUACAAAAGAACAAGGCUGCAGAGGCUCAAAAAACUCAAGGCAACAACAACAAUGCAUCAGUUGUGACUACUAGUCUUCCUGUUCUUCAGGAGAACUCUGCUCCCCAUACAAAGACUACUAACCAUGUUACUAAUGAGUUCAAGAAUUCACAGUACCAAGCAGCCCAGAAAGGUCCUGUAAAAUCUAACUCUAGUACUAGUACCGUGUCCUCAGAAAGAUCAUAUAACAGUGGUCCGCGGAGGACUAAUGGGCCAGAACAAAAGUACCAUGGGAAUGGUAGAAGGGUUACUAAUGGUGGUGGCAAUGGAUCUGGCCAAAAGUACCAUGGGAAUGGAAGAAGGGUUACUAAUGGUGGUAAUGGCUUCAGCCAAAGAUAUUAUGGUAAUGGAAGGGUUACUAAUAAGAUUGGUCCAGAGAAUCAGAAAAAAGAAGCAAAACCAAAGCCUGUUAUUGAUGCCGAGGGGUGGCAACUGGUAGAGUAUCGGAGUGGAAGGAGAGGCGAGAGGGUCUGA